AUGCUUCACAACAGUGAUGCAAGGAGAGGCUUUGCCGCGAUGCGUCGCAACAGUGAUCCAAGAUUCAGAAAAGACCCCACUGGAUGGCGCGCACCCUCUUCCUUGUUAAAUGGAGGGCAGGAAAGUAGAAGGGGCUUACCAAACACCAUGGGCGGUAAUGGUGCGGUACCCAUGGGCGGAAUGGAAGGUGGCAAAGGCGCGGGUCCCUACGGAGAUAUGGGCGGUAAUGGUGCGGUACCCAUGGGCGGAAUGGAGGGUGUCAGAGGUGCGGGUCCCUACGGAGGCAUGGGCGGUAAUGGUGCGGUACCCAUGGGCGGAAUGGAAGGUGGCAAAGGUGCGGGUCCCUACGGAGGCAUGGGCGGCAAUGGUGCGGUACCCAUGGGCGGAAUGGAAGGUGGCAAAGGCGCGGGUCCCUACGGAGGCAUGGGUGGUAAUGGUGCGGUACCCAUGGGCGGAAUGGAAGGUGGCAAAGGUGCGGGUCCCUACGGAGGCAUGGGCGGUAAUGAUGCGGCACCCAUGAGCGGAAUGGAAGGUGGCAAAGGCGCGGGUCCCUACGGAGGCAUGGGCGGUAAUGAUGCGGUACCCAUGGGCGGAAUGGAAGGUGGCAAAGGCGCGGGUCCCUACGGAGGCAUGGGUGGUAAUGAUGCGGUACCCAUGGGCGGAAUGGAGGGUUUCAGAGGUGCGGGUCCCUACGGAGGCAUGGGCGGUAAUGGUGCGGUACCCAUGGGCGGAAUGGAGGGUUUCAGAGGUGCGGGUCCCUACGGAGGCAUGGGUGGUAAUGAUGCGGUACCCAUGGGCGGAAUGGAGGGUUUCAGAGGUGCGGGUCCCCACGGAGGCAUGGGCGGUAAUGGUGCGGUACCCAUGGGCGGAAUGGAGGGUGCCAGAGGUGCGGGUCCCUACGGAGGCAUGGGCGGUAAUGGUGCGGUACCCAUGGGCGGAAUGGAGGGUUUCAGAGGUGCGGGUCCCUACGGAGGCAUGGGUGGUAAUGAUGCGGUACCCAUGGGCGGAAUGGAGGGUUUCAGAGGUGCGGGUCCCUACGGAGGCAUGGGCGGUAAUGGUGCGGUACCCAUGGGCGGAAUGGAGGGUUUCAGAGGUGCGGGUCCCUACGGAGGCAUGGGUGGUAAUGAUGCGGUACCCAUGGGCGGAAUGGAGGGUUUCAGAGGUGCGGGUCCCUACGGAGGCAUGGGCGGUAAUGGUGCGGUACCCAUGGGCGGAAUGGAGGGUUUCAGAGGUGCGGGUCCCUACGGAGGCAUGGGCGGUAAUGAUGCGGUACCCAUGGGCGGAAUGAGGAGCAGUAAUGUGCCUAUGCACGGUCCAGGUGGCAAAGUAAUUCGUAAAGUGGCUCCGCAAAGAGGAAGCAAUUGUGGUAUUGUGAAUCGGUACCCUGAAAUGAUGUAUGGUGGAGAUGUAAGACUCCCAAGAAGGGGUUCCAUGCGAGGCUCACAAAGAGACAUGGGCAGUAUGUACGGCCUAAAAAGAGGAGGUUCCAUGCGCGGCUCACAAAGAAACAUGGGCAGUAUGUACGGCUUACAAAGAGGAGGUUCCAUGCGCGGCUCACAAAGAGGAAUGGGCAGUAUGUACGGCAUGGGAGGUAUGGGCAGUAUGUACGGCAUGGGAGGUAUGGGCAGUAUGUACGGCAUGGGAGGUAUGGGCAGUAUGUACGGCAUGGGAGGUAUGGGGAGUAUGUACGGCAUGGGAGGUAUGGGCAGUAUGUACGGUAUGGGAGGUAUGGGCAGUAUGUACGGUAUGGGAGGUAUGGGCAGUAUGGGAGGUAUGGGAGGUAUGGGCAGUAUGUACGGUAUGGGAGGUAUGGGCAGUAUGUACGGUAUGGGAGGUAUGGGCAGUAUGUAUGGCAAGGAAGAAAUGGGCGGCAUGCCCGGCAAGGGAGAAAUGGGCAGUAUGUACGGCAUUGGCGGGUUUUGGGCUCCACCCGAGGAUUACCAAUUAAAGAAAAAGGAGAAUACUGAGCUUCGAGACCAAAAACCAUCACAUAGCCUUAACGCAGCCCCCAAGCCAAUUUUUACAAAAAAUGGUACAGAGACUUUUCGAAACACUGGUGUAAAGAACGGAACAAAAGAGGAUACCAACACUGAGAACAAAGGCGAGUUGAAGGCCGCCUUGAAGCCGAAGGAACCUGAGGUUUCUAAGGGGGAGGCCAAGCCCACCAAGACCGCCGCACCAACGGAGCUCAACGACAAUAUUCACGCGUUGCUGGUUCUGAGCGAUGCUGCUGCCUCAGCAGUUGCGGGCAAGGAGGCUGAGAAGAGGGUGCCAAUGAAGGACGCAGACGGCAAUACUGCGGAGUACGAGGCGGACGAAGUUGUGCGAGCCAACAAUUUGAAAGUGGGGAGCUCUGUGCUGCUACAGGAGCUCCUGCGCCAGGUGGAGGCGAGCCAUCACUGUACCGUGAUCCUGGCAAACGGUAAGCUGCAGGAAUCGGUCAGCCUGAACGUCGCGCAGACCUUAUUGAAGUCCGUCAUGGCCACACUCAAGAGGAACGAGGAGGAGAAGGGAACCAAGUACGAGGUCUACAUGACCGCCGCCGCGAUUUCAGCUGUCGAUAGUAUGAAGGACCUUUUCACUUCCUCGACCAAAGAGGCCAAGUCAUUGCAGCUCGGAUUUAACCCAAUGUACGGCGCAUGCAUCGUGGACCUCCAGGAUAGGACGGUGAAGAAUGAAAUUGAGGCCGAGAAGUUUCUGCAAGACGCGCUAAAGGCGUCGACUGAUGCCAAAGAGAUUGUUUUUAUGCAUUUGGUGGUGAAACAGAUCAAGAAUCGGGGUAGCAUGCCCCCCGAUGUGUUUCUCUCGGCGUUGCAGGUUGCGUUCCUCCGGGGGCGAGCCGACUGCCUUGCGGCCCUCCACGAAAAGGAUGAGAAAGUUGUGCCCGUUCCCCUCUUCAGGGACGCAGUGGGAGGCAACAGCUACUCGCUGGUUGUUGCUGCCGUGUCCGGGGGUGAUGCCACGGGGGAGACGAGUAUUCUCAAGAACGUUGAGAAACUGCGGAAGGUGAAGAAUUCCCCCCCGCGCAGCGGCAAUCUCGCCCGCUUCUUGGAGUUUACGCAAGAGGAGGAGAGAAGGUGCAGGUCUAUGGCGGAGUCAUCAAAAGAUGCUACGGAAAAGGCACGGUAUGGACGGCUAAUGCGAAAGAUGGCGAUAGUACUGGAUGACGCAAAGGAAAUGAUGGCCAGGCCGGAAGCUGUGAAGCCAAAGGUCUACACUUCCUCUCGAGUUUCGCGGGAAAACGCCAUUGAUGGGGAGAAGCAGAAGCCAGAAGACACGAAGCCGGAAGGGAAGAAGCCGGAAGGGAAGAAGCCGGAAGACGCGAAGCCGGAAGAGACGAAGCCGGAAGACGCGAAGCCGGAAGAGACGAAGUUGGAAGUCGUUAAGCCAGAAGAAAAGAAGCCGGAAGGGAAGAAGCCAGAAGACGCGAAGCCGGAAGGGAAGAAGCCGGAAGACGCGGAGCCGGAAGAGACGAAGUUGGAAGUCGUAAAGCCAGAAGAAAAGAAGCCGCAAGUGACGAAGCCGGAAGCGACGAAGCCGGAAGCGACGAAGCCGGAAGCGACGAAGCCUGAAGAAACGCCGAAAGAGACAAAGCCGGAAGAGACGAAGCCGGAAGACGCAAAGCCGGAAGUUAACAAUUCCCUUCUUCCUUUGCGGGAAAGCGUCACUGAUGAGGCGAAGCCGAAGCCGGAAAGCGCGAGCACGGCUGCAACCUCCAAAUUGAAGGCCUUGGAGAGCAGUGAUCCUGCUGGUGGCGAGGCUGAACCGUGGCAGAACUCCGUGAGGAUUGCAGUAACAGUAGGAAAGCAGCCCGUAAGCAAUACCAUCGAGUUGUCUGUGAAGGGGGAAUUAAAAAAGUGCACCGUUGAUGAGCACAUUAAUUGUUUUGAGGGGAUGCCAAUUGAAUCGAAGGUGGCCAAAAGAAUGCAAAAAAUUUUGGGGGAUGGUAAUAACAUAGCGCUUUUGGCUGCGGAGGUGAUCCCUGGGUUGGCGGUAGAGAAACAAAUUACAUGGAGCAUUGUGCAGAGCAUCCUCGAGGGUGUUUUGAAGGAGACAAAGAAUGGUCUCGCCAAUGAGUUUACGCUUUACAUGAGCGUUGUGAAGGGAAAACAGGUUGUGUCCGACCUGUUUGGCAAGGCUGAGGCGAGGCCGCUUGUUGUUGCGAGCUCUUCGCUAUAUGGUGUGGUUCUGCACGAAAUGACACCAAAGGUGGUGAAGACUGCGGCCGAUGUGGAACCCGUUCUCCGUUCCGCGCUUACGAGGGCUGCGGAACUGGUGAAGGACGAUGAAUACAUUGUGUGCACAGCGGUAUUGAAGCAAAUUUUUGAGGGAGAUGUAAAGGUUGCAUCUCUGUUUGCGAUCAGUGCGCUGGACAUGCGGCCCUAUGUCGGAGUUAUGGAAAAGAAUCCAGAGUACGUGCGCCAACUUUUUGGCCAUGCUUUCAUUGGGUCCUGCUCUUCAGCGGUGCUUGUCAGCUAUGCAACCCUUGAUGAGAAAGCCACGGAGGCCCUAAAUGCCCAGUCCAAGGUCAUGCUGACAAACAGUAAGCCGCGUGGUGGCAGUGUCAAGGUUUUUGUUAAGAACAUGACGGAGGCGAUUGCGUCCGCCGAGGCGAAGUUACAGAAGGCCACUACUCCGAAGGAAAAGGAGCGCUGUGAAGCGUCCUUGAAGCAGUUGCAGCAGCGUCUCGCAGAUGCGAAGGAGCUGCUACAGAAGCCGGAGGAAAUGCAGCCCGCCGCCUAUGCGGCUCCACAACAGGACGGCAGCGCCGUUGAUUCCGCAAUCCGCGUGGUGGCCGUUAUUACUGAGAGACGCAGCGGUAGUCUUUCCCGCAGCGUGAAGGGCGAUGAGGAAGGGUUCAUUGUGGACACCAAUGAUGGGGAGAAAAGGUUCCCAAUCAACGAGUUGGUCCAGCGCCCCAGUUCCGCGGCAGUUCUCCGCUCUACGACGGUUGACUCACUCGUUGAUCACUUCAUCGGUGGCCACAACACUGCUCUCUUAACGGCAGAUGACGAGGGAUCCACAUCGGGUGUGGACAUGCUAAUGCGCUCCGCCCGAAGCGUUUUUUUGAAGAUGGAAGAUGAGGGAGAGUUAUUUGUUGUUCUUUCUGCGAUGAAGCCCGACGGCAGCGCUGCGAAGGAUUUACAGACCGAUGGGGCGGACUACGAACCGAUUUCUUACGCCUCCUCGCCCCUCUUUGGCCCGUGUAUUUCAGGUGCCAAGAUGGAACUUGGAAAUAGCGCUGCUGAACUUCUGGCAAAUCUGAAGAAAGGUGUCAGCGUCUGCGAAGCCGACAAGGCUGUGCUUGUCAGCCUAUUUGUUUACAAGGCGCGAAAAUCGGAUGAUGUAAUUCUUUCUUCUUUUCUUACUGUCCUGGCGGGGCACAACGCGAAGCUGUACAGCAAGGCGCUGGAGGUACGUCCGAAGGAGCGCGGGUUACUCCACUAUGCGCUCGGCGGUCCAUGUAUCACGGUUGUCUCCCUUGGCCUGGUGGCUAACACGGCUGCCGCAGACGCGGCCACGGAUUUUGGCGGGCUGGCGAAGAGUGUACAUGGAACCUCAAACCCCACUGUGCGUGAUGGCGGACUGCGGCGCUUUGUGAUGUUUUCAACGAGGGCCCAGGCACAGAUGCAAAUGCGUCUGAAGAAUGCGACAGGGGCUGAUAAGGAGCGGCUUGCCAACAGUAACGCAAACCUGGAAUUGGUGCUUAAGGACGCGGAGGAGAUGCUGCGUGAUCCAAAAGGUCGGUUACCCAAAGUCUACAAGCAAACACACUGA